AUGGCCAACUCCACCACAGUGACUGAAUUCCUGCUUACAAGAUUUUCUGAUGUGUGGGAGCUCAGAGUCUUGCACGCCUUGCUCUUCCUACUGAUGUACUCGGCAACCCUGAUGGGGAAUCUUCUCAUUGUCACAGUCACCACCUUCGACUGGAACCUUCACACCCCCAUGUAUUUCUUCCUUAGGAAUCUGUCUGUCCUGGACAUGUGCUACAUUUCUGUUACAAUACCCAGGGCCUGUGUCUUCUUCCUGCUUGACAUCAGGGUGAUCUCCAUGGUAGGAUGUGCAGCUCAGGUCUUCUUUGUGACUUUCUUUGCUACAGUAGAGCUCCUGUUCCUCACCAUCAUGGCCCGUGACCGCUGUGUGGCCAUCUGCCAGCCCCUCCACUACCCUGUGGUCAUGAACCAUCAGGUGUGUGUCCAGAUGACUCUGGCCUCAGUGCUCAGUUGUGUGAUCUAUUCAGGAUUCCACACUGGAAACACACUUCAGCUGCAAUUCUGUCAGUCCAACGUGGUCCAUCAGUUCUUCUGUGACAUCCCCCCUCUGCUGAAGCUCUCCUGCUCUGACACCCUAAUGAAUGAAAUUUCAGUUUUUAUCUCUGUGGUGCUGAUAGCUGGUGGCUGCUCUGCCUAUAUCACCUUGUCUUAUAUUCACAUAUUUUCUACUGUGCUCAAGUUUCCAACCAGAGAACGAGGGAAGGUCUUCUCCACCUGUGUCCCUCACAUCCUCGUGGUGACUGUCUUUUUAAGUUCCGUUGCUGCCGUGUAUGUGAAGCCAACCUCCUAUUCACCCACAAAUCAGGACAUGAUCACCGCUGUGUUCUAUACCAUAGCCCCUCCUUUCCUGAAUCCUAUAAUCUACAGUCUUAGAAACAAGCAGAUACAGGAGGCUGUGAAGAGGGUUAUGAGGAGAGUGAUUUAUUCAGGAAAAGAAAUAGGGUAG